AUGUUCGUAGAACCACAGUUUCUAAAAGAACAUCUCCAUCGUCAUGGAGCGGAAAAGCUUCAAAAAACGCGAGACUACUAUUGCACUUUUUGCCCGGUGACGUGCACCUCCGAAGCGCAUUUGCAACGCCACGUGGAUCGGGAGCACGCUAGUACGGAGAUGGAUAUGAAUUUUACCCUCCAUGAAAACUGCCUGAGUUGUGAGGCCAUGUAUAAAUCGUAUUUGCAAAAUAAGGCGACACUUUCAAUUCCCGACGAAGAAUUGGCAUUUAAGUGUCCACAUUGUUGUACGAUCUUGUUUGCACACCAGAAACACGCCCCGCGAUAUCUAAAGAAUCACGUGAACAAGUUCCAUUGGGACGAGAGUGUGAACGAUUUCACCCUGAAGGGACUAAGCCCUGAGGAGUACAAGGUUCGGUCCCGAGUUGAUCCCGACUUAUUCACGUGCGACUUUUGUGGCGUCAAAAGCGACUCCAGAGAAGAUCACAACGAGCAUUUGGCCCUUUGCCCUGCGAAUACGUCCACCUCCAAGCCUGGUUACAUGUGCGAUACUUGCGGUCUAAUCGCCGGAACCGCCAGACUGCUCAAACACCAUCUGAAUACGUCCCACAAUAAACCCAAGGAAGAGAAAGUCCUUAAAGUCAUAGGUCGGAAAUCGAAAACUCAAACCAAAGCGGCAUCAGAUGGUGGCGAAUGGUUAGAGGAAUCUUCUUCUGAGACAUCAGCUCAAGGCAAGCGCAAACGAGGACGACCUCCCAAGAACAAAAAUCUUCAAUCCCAACGCCAAGGAACGGGUGGUUCGAGGGUGUCCAAAAAGUCUACAAACCCGCUUAGAGUGGAGUGUGAAGAGUGUCCCAUGGAUUUCAAGCGUGAAGAGGACAUGCUGGCUCAUUCGGUGAUCCAUAAGGGUAAGAUCAUGUGCCCCAUUCACAACAUCAUGUUCAAACUGGAAGCCGAGGUGUUUCAGCACGUGAACCAGGCGGAUCCGAAAGACAAGUUCGCCAAAUUGGUGUGUUGCAUGUGUGGAGAUAGUUUUAAACACAUGUGUAUCUACAUGAAACACCUUCGGCGACAUCUGAACAUCUCCCCCUAUGAUUGCCCUUUGUGUGGCAAAGGCUUUCGCGUGUAUGACACUCUUCAAAGUCACUUGGCCCGAGUGCACGGCCAGGGAAAUGAAGAUAAAAGCACCAGAUGGUUUCAUUGUGAUCAGUGCUCAAAGUCAUUCCUCACCAGAGGCCACCUUAGGGAACACAUCUUGGGCAUGCACGAUAAAUCCGAGAUGUUCUAUUGUCCAGCAUGUAGCAAGACCUUUCAAACCAAGAAACGUGUUCAAAGACACAUUUAUGUGGCUCACAAAGACAUCAAGGAACAAUACACCACCCAUAGAAAACUGGAGGUGUUUGAUACGCAAUAG